CGUGGUUCCUUCACACCCACACACAUCUCUACGUACCAUUCACUCCCCACCCACGCCUGCUGCCUUUUCUUUUCUCUCUUCUCUUUCCAUGAAUCGGUGUUGUUACUUGUAGUCACGCCGGCGGCGAGAUCGGGACCCAAUGGGAGGAGGAGGAGGAGGAGGCGAGAGUUCGUCGGUUGGCGCGCUGGUGCCUACGGUCAAGUCGGAACCCGUAGAUUCCUCAGCAGAGGCGCCGCUCGCUCUGCCUCCGCCAUCGGAGGCGCCGGAGAAGGAGCAGGAUGCGGAGGAGGAGGAAUUGGAGGUGGAUAAGGAUAUUCUCUGCCCGAUUUGCAUGCAAAUAAUAAAGGAUGCCUUUCUGACGGCGUGUGGACACAGCUUUUGCUACAUGUGUAUCGCGAUUCAUCUUCAGAAUAAGAGCGACUGUCCUUGUUGCUCUCACUUCCUUACCACAAAUCGUCUCUAUCCUAAUUUCCUCCUCAACAAGUUACUAAUAAAAACCUCUGCCCGUCAAAUAGCUAAAACUUCCAGUCCUUUGGAACAACUUCGCCAGGCGCUAGAACAGGGAUGCGAAGCAUCUGUCAAGGAGCUUGAGAGCCUCUUGCAUCUUAUUGCUGAGAGGAAAAGUAAAAUGGAGCAAGAAGAAGCUGAGACUAAUCUACAGAUUCUGCUGGAAUUUCUGCAUUGUUUGAAAAAGAAAAAACUCGAUGAGCUCAAUGAGAUUCAAUCUGACCUCAAGUAUAUUAAAGAAGACAUUCAUGCUGUGGAGAGACAUCGGAUAGAAUUGUAUCGACGAAGGGAUAGAUAUUCCGCAAAACUGAGAAUGCUUGUUGAUAACCCCAUUCCACAACCAGCAUGGCCAUCAUUGAUGAAUAAAUAUAGUGGUGCUCCCUUCUCGAAGAAGGGCAUGACACCAGUUCAAGGACGCUUAAUUUGCACUGGCUCUCAAAACAGAAAAUCUGAUGCAAAACCUCCAGCAAGCCCUUUUGUCACAAGAAAGGAUGCACAUGGAGGAUCAGACCCCCAAAAUGGUACUCAAUGUGGACUGGCGUUGGCAAGAAAGAGGCGGGUCCAUGCACAGUUCACUGAUCUACAAGAAUGUUACUUACAAAAACGAAGAUAUUGGGCAAGGUUAUCUCUAGAACAGCAAAUGCAAGAACGGGAUUCACAUGGGUUAAAGAAAGAAGGUUACACGGAAGGACUUGAGGAUUUUCAGUCUGUUUUGUCAACCUUCACCAGAUACAGUCGGCUACGAGUUGUUGCUGAACUCAGACAUGGAGAUUUGUUUCAUUCAGCUAAUAUUGUAUCAAGUAUAGAAUUUGACAGAGACGACGAACUCUUUGCUACAGCUGGAGUGUCCCGGCGCAUCAAGAUUUUUGAGUUUUCAUCGGUAGUUAACGAGUCAUCCGAUGUACAAUGCCCAGUUGCGGAAAUGUCCACACGAUCAAAACUCAGUUGUUUAAGCUGGAACAAAUACACAAAGAGUCACAUAGCCAGUAGUGACUACGAUGGCAUAGUAACAGUUUGGGAUGUGACUACUCGGCAGAGCAUGAUGGAAUACGAGGAACAUGAAAAACGUGCAUGGAGCAUUGAUUUUUCCCGCACAGAGCCCUCAAUGCUUGUCUCCGGUAGCGAUGACUGCAAGGUCAAAGUCUGGUGUACAAAACAGGAGGCGAGUGUGCUCAAUAUCGACAUGAAAGCCAAUAUCUGUUCUGUAAAAUACAACCCUUCAUCCAGCUUUCAUGUAGCGAUUGGUUCUGCAGAUCAUCAUAUUCAUUACUAUGACUUGAGAAAUGUCGCUCAGCCAUUGCACAUAUUCAGUGGGCAUGGAAAGGCGGUAUCAUAUGUGAAAUUUCUGUCCGAUAAUGAGCUCGCUUCUGCAUCAACUGAUAGCACAUUACGCCUCUGGGAUGUCAAGGACAACAUUCCACUGCGCAUAUUCCGGGGACACACAAAUGAGAAGAAUUUUGUGGGCUUAUCAGUGAACAGGGAAUAUAUGGCCUGUGGCAGCGAAACAAACGACGUUUUCGUGUAUCACAAGGCUAUAUCGAAACCAGCAGCAUGGCACCGAUUCAUGAACUCGGAUGCAGACGAACGCGAGGAGGACACGGGCUCCUAUUUCAUCAGCGCCGUGUGCUGGAAAAGUGAUAGCCCGACCGUCCUGACGGCGAACAGCCAAGGAACAAUAAAGGUCCUAGUACUUGCUCCUUGAGUCUACACAUCUGGAUAAAAAACUGCGGGAACAUACAGAAAAUUACAGGUAGAUCAAGAAGUUAUGAGAUCCAACUUAUUGGAUUAAAUUAGCUCUGUGGGAUAAAAUGUCACCUAUUUGAUAAAAUGGUAAGUUCAGUGUGUAGUAUACCCUUAUGCUAGUUUGAUCUUUAGUCUUGCCUGAACAUGCUUAUUUUCAGAAAUCUUUAUGUAUAUAUAUAAUUUUUUUUGUUAAAUAUUAUUCCCUUGGGAAAGGUGUGAUAUAAUUAACUUAUGUAUGCUAGUACGGAGUUUAUGAUUAGGGGGCUGGUCUUUAUUUAAUACACAAAAUAAUCAGACGAUAUUAGUGACUAUGGGAUAGUGUUAUAUUAUGUAAAAUCAUAUUUUGUUUGUUCUUG